GAAGUGAGCGAGACGCACAGAGGGAGCACAAAGGAAGCGCAUAUACAGCUCGGGAUAUAAUGAGAUAGUAUGAUGUAAACAUGGAAUAAUAAUAAUAAUAAAAAAAAGCAAGAGAAGCGUUCCCAUUUCCCGUCGCACCGCACCAUUAUCGGUGAUCAAUAUUACAUGAGGAACUGUCUGUCUGGACACCGAGAGGCAGGCAGCUGAGUGAGAAAUUGAGGAGAGGAAGAGGAGUUGAGCAUUGUUUCAUCUCCAGCUUUUUUUUAUUAAUUUUUUUUUUUUUCAUGUGGAGUUGCUCGCUGGUGUAACUGUUUUUUUUUUGGACGUCUCACCGAGAUUCAUGAUGUUGGGUUUUUCAAGCUGAGGAAGAAGACAAGUGGAGAUUCUCUUUUUUUUUCUCUUUUUAUAUGUUUUUUUCUUUCAUAUUUUUGGACCCGGGGAUGACAGAAGGAAAAGAAAAACACACUAAUAUGUUGCGUUUCUGAGGUAGCCACGUUUCAAUGGGUGAGGCCCGCUGAUCCAGUCAUCCUGACGCAUCCCCUCCACCCCUCACCCCAGCUCUUUUAAAAGUUGCCCCCCCUUCACUUCAGUCAACAUGACGUCCACCAGCCAACUGUUGGGUUUGGCUGAGGUGGGGCUGAAGUGUGACCAGGAGAUUGAGAGGAGAUAUGAGAUUGUGCCCUCAGUGGUCUGCUCCAUGUGCUGCCUCUUUGGAAUCAUCUACUGCUUCUUUGGCUAUCGAUGUUUCAAGGCCGUAUUGUUCCUCACAGGCCUAAUGUUUGGCUCUGUGGUCAUCUUCAUGCUGUGCUACAAGGAGAGGGUGAUGGACACUCAACUCAGCGUGGAGGCAUCAGUGGGCAUCGGUCUGGGCAUCGGGACCCUGUGUGGCCUGGUGACCAUGUUGGUUCGCAGUGUGGGACUGUUUAUGGUGGGCCUUCUGCUGGGCCUGCUGGUUGGAGUGGCUUCACUGGUGGUUAUGGAAGAGUUCUACCACCCCAAAACCGUGUGGGUUCCCCUGGGUAUUCUCCUGGGCUCUGGGACGUUAUUUGCCGUCCUCACUCUUCAAUGGCAACGCUGUUUUGUCACCUUCUCCACUGCCACCUUUGGAUCUGCCAUCAUCACUGUCACCGUGGAUUACUUCAUAGAGCUGUUCGCCUUGGUACACUACGUCUACGAGAGACUCAGGGUGGCACCAAAGAAGCCAGUGUGCUGGUUUACUUGGGUCAUCUUGGGAGUGUGGCCUGUUCUGGCCUUACUCGGCGUGCUGAUCCAAUGGAAAGUCACUGCUGAGGGAUUUUCUCACACAGAAGUGGUUUUGAGUCGACAGCAACGGAGGGUCCAGCUCAUGCGGAUCCGACAGCGAGAAGAGAGGCUGAAAAAGGAGAAGGAAAACAAGAAGAAGAAAAAACGACAGAACCAGAAGACCGACCACAAGCAGAAAGCCAACACCCAUCACCACCACCACCAGCAAUACCAUCACCCAGCGGCAUCCCACCCUCAUCACCAAGCCCAGAGCUCCCAGCCACCUAAAGUCCCUCCUCCUCAGACUGAACCUGGCUACUACCGCAAGGCAAACCCGAAAAGACGCUUUGAUGGAGAUGUGCUCUCACCGAGCUACAUCAGGAGUUUCAGGGACAGACAAACAGACAGACGAGCAUACUCCCACAGUCGAAUGAUGAGUCGCUCUCGGAUGGGCGAACUCGACUAUGACUGCGGCUCUCAAGUGCCCCUCACGGCACCCACUGGACCCCCAGUUCGCAUCUGAGACAGCGAAUUGCACACAUGCACAACCAGCCACAAACACGCAGUCAUAUAAGGGUACUUCAGACCUGUUUGUCACAGUUAGGGUUUGAAAACCUAACCUUACCGUGCCAACCUAAUCAACUGCCUAUUAAGCCAACAGGAAUUCGGUACGUCUUAAAGUUGGUGCCACACCAAAAAGUUGGUGGUUUUCUCUCAGACAUGUUAGAGGUCUUAUUUAUUCGGCCAAUUUGGCCCUGAUCUGUUCGUUAUGAAUGUCAAGACACAAGAUCAGAGCCUUUUCUUUUGAAUGGAGCAAGAACUGAUUAUUAAAGGCAAUGUGGUCAAAUGUCAGACAUCAUGAGUCAUCGCAUAUUGUAUUUGACUUCCAUCCUCCUCCGUUACCGUGCUCGUCUCUAGGACACUGGAAAAAAAAUGGACCUGUCCAUUGAGAAGUUCAUUGAAGCAUCUCUCAUUUGAUUUAAAGAUUUUCUGGCUGCUGUAAGCCAGAAGAAAUAAUUUCCUGUGGGGCUGUUGCAGUGGAGAAGCAAUCAAAACACUAAUCUUCACAGGAGGGUUGCAACAUUUCAGAAAAAAUACACAACACAUGGCUUUCAUGGAGUCAAGGUAGUAUUACCUUCAAUAAUCCUUCAACACAACAGCCCCUGUACUUUGAGGGCGGUUAAAGGAGGAAACUAUUCGCUUCAAGGAUCCCACUAAGAAAGCUCAGAGGAGAACAAGACAGAAAGGCAGCUCUUCUCCCAUCACUUUCUCUACUGAAAGGUCACUGUGUGAAGCAUGGUGUUCAUGACGUCAACCUGACAGCCUGUGAGUGCAGACAUGGCAGCACAAGUCUUCUGCUGCUUCAAAAUGAAUAACAGGGACUGGUCCUAGGUGCGUAUUGAUUCAAACUGUUCACACCGUAGAAAAAUGUUAUUGUUACUUCGCCCAUGAACACUCCACGUGUCAUUGCUUACAUUGUUGUCAUUAUGGAGAAUGUGCCCUCGAUCGCCAACUGUGGACCUAAACAGGAGACACAUCCAUACCUCCCCUCUUCUUUCCUCUUUCUACUGAAUUUAAAACAUUUUUUUUAAGCUACUGUAUCUAGUGUGUUAAUGUCCGCUUUCCUCUUCUUAUUCCAAAACGAUCUACCUUUGCAGACUUCGCUGGCUGUCUAAAUCUGCUGUUAAGACACAAAGACAACAAACUGCUGUCUGAUACUGGCUAUCCAGGAAUUUGACUGUUGAAACCUGUUUGAGAGUUUGGAGUGGACUAUACACAACAAUGAAAAUGUUAAAUAGUGAGUUUGCCUGUGUGAGUGAACACAUGAGCUGAGUGGCAAGUGACGGAUUGUACCAAAUAUUGGCCAAGGAGAGGGGAAGUCAUUGUAGUGUAUGUAAAACAUCUUCCCUCUUUUUUGCAAAUAUGUUGGUUUAAUUAAAAUGUGAAUAUUUUCCUUUGGAUGAAGUAUUAAAUGAUGAAAAUGAGGUUUAAAAUGAAAUAACCUCCUGUGAAUAAUGAGACAGUGGAAAAUUGAAUUUGCAAAUGGCGCCAUCUAAUGUUUACUACUAGACCUGUUUUUUUUCCCCUCUGCAUAAACUAACUGUUUAUGUGUGCAUAUGUUUGUGUGUACAUGCAUUUGCGUGUGACUUGGCUUUUGAAUUUAAAUGCGCUCCAAUAUUUGAUAUUGUUGUACUGAACACUCGGAGAGUUAGAAAUGUAUAGGAAGUAUUUCCAGUACAAAGGAACUAUUGUUAUUUUAUUUGAACCUCUUUGGAAUGGAGGCACUGUAGUUCCUCACAAUAAACACCAACACUACCAAUGUUACAAUUGGAAAAAAUAUACAAAAAAAAAGAAAAAGAAAUAUAUCAAAAUCAAACCGCAACACAGACUCUCGCCAUUUGGUUGAUAUUUUUACUCUCUGAGGCUUAAAUAAACACAAAUAUUACUCUGUACUGUACUGAAAUACUUGAUACCCGAUGGGAUGUGAUGGGAUUGGCACUGGAGGACCAAUCAUUUUCAACUUAACCCAUUACUGCAUGAAAAUCCUUGUGUAACUGUUUCCAAUGUGUCAGUGUUUCAGUGUGUCACUGUUGUCAUGUGAAAACCUCAGAUUUCAUUUGCUGGUCCUAGGGUCCAAUCCACAUUAACGGAAUGAAGUAGAAAUUGUGGAAGGAUGGAAUAUCAAUGAUAUGCGGAAAAGCAACAUCAUCGUCUCAUUGUAUUCAGUAAUAAGAAAUGCAUUUAAAGUACAAAAUUAUAAAAUCUCUGGAGCAACUGGAGCCUUUUUUUGUCACAGUGAAUAGGUCCAACUAAAUGAUUCUGGCUGAGAGUGGAAACACACCUUCUGUUUUCUCUCCUCUCCUUCAUGCCGUCCAGGUAAAGGGCUUUGAAACAGGCAUUUGAAUCAUUUUCCUCCUCUUGUUCAUGCUUUGUGCAAAGUCGCCCUCUGUUCUGCUGUAUCAGUGUUACUCCAGUAAUGUUUUGCAGUAGUGGCUGGCUGUUCAAGUGUUAUUUAGGGAUUUGCUCACACUUCGGUCUCGUUUUGGUCUUCUUUUGUGAUUUUACUGUAGUGCACUUGUAACAUUUACAUUUUGGAAAGAUAAAAUUAACAAACCGAUUGGAAAUCUAACACCUGCAAUUCUGGGGUAAAAUGAAUUACUGUUAUUACAUUGCCAUUUUUUUAAUGAUUCUUUUUCAUUUUUGUUUUUAUUAGUUGCUGUCAUUGCCCAUCACUGCUGAAUAUAUGUUUUGGGAAAACACUUGUAGAUACUGAACUGUAAAUACAUUUUUAAAUGUACAAAUGUUUUUUUUUUUUUGUUUGUUUUCAUGUUUACAUCAUGUUCGCUUAUGUAAUUUAUCCAGCUGAUUAUUUUCUCAUGGAGUAGAGCUGUUUUUAUAUUGUGUUACCACUUUAUGUCCCCAUUGGUUUGAUUUGGUCAGGUGGUCGGUACACAUGUGUCAUUCUUAUUCUGGUGUUUCAACAUGUGAUGUUGAAAAUCAGCAAACAAAC